CACCAAAAGCUGUAAAGUUUGGAAGAGCUGAAUGAAAGUCUGAGACGGGAAGAGAAAGGCUUGACAUCUUAAGUUUCUCUUGUCAGGACAAAGAGAGCAUUAGAAGGGUAAAGGAAAGAGGAAAAUCAGUUUGGCAUUAUCAGUGGGAACACUGCUUUUCAGAAUCAAAGCUGCAGGUAAUUGUAAAGGGUGUCAGGUUUAAGGACUAUCACUCAGCCACGCACCAGAGAGAAUAAUAGUGAUACACUCAAAGGAACGACAGAACGCAAGAUGGAUCGCAAAAUCCCCGAUUUUGCUGGUACUUGGAAAAUGAAAAGCUCCGAGAACUUCGAAGAGCUUCUCAAAGCACUGGGUGUGAACGUGAUGCUGCGUAAGAUUGCGGUCGCAGCUGCAUCAAAGCCAUCUGUGGAGAUUACGCAGGACGGAGAAACCCUGUCAAUCAAGACCUCCACCUCUGUAAGGACCACCCAUGUCACCUUCACAGUUGGACAGGAGUUUAAUGAGGCCACUGUGGAUGGACGUCCCUGCACGAGCUUUCCUCGCUGGGAAACAGACAGCAAGAUUAGUUGUGAACAGACUUUGCAGAAGGGUGAGGGUCCAAAAACCUCAUGGACCAGGGAGAUGACCAAUGACGGUGAACUGAUUCUGACCAUGACCGCAGACGAUGUCGUGUGCACAAGAGUUUAUGUCAGAGAGUGAAAGUAUGAGGAAACAGGAAGAACAUCCAUCCAGAUCACGCUGUUUCAUCGUUAACAACAAUGACUUUGAUUUUAUAUCAUCUAUUUCCUUUCUCCCUCAUCGCAUCUCUUCUUUCAUUUUUUUUUUUUGACAGUGUAUUUGAAUAAUACAUCAGAGAGCCAUGCAAAUAAUUCAUGUGAGAAAUUGGGUCCUGAUUUGUCAUUUAACAAAUACAUCAUUGUGGGCUCAAAGGCACUUUUAAGGGUUGGCCUUCACAUAGAUGAAGACCUGGAAAUCUGAAGCUUGGAAACCAGACUUUGGUGAGACAGUCCAUAGUCACCACUGAAAAAUAUCAGUCAAGGUGCGGUCAUAUUUACUAUUGUAAAAUUUCACAGGCGAAAUCCAGUUGUUUUUAGUAGUGAUCUACAUUAAUGGGAAUUUCGAGUAAGGGUGAAAGAUUUCUCCACUCAGAUUUCAGAAAAAGUUCAAGUUGGGUUGAAAUGAGCUGUGCUUCAUACAUGACUACUCUAAGGACAAUAGAUAAUUGACCUUUUUUGCCUGCGAAAUUUGUUUGGAUAGUUUUAAAAUUAAAAUGUACCAUUAAUUUACAGUAAAUUUGACUAUAUUCAGUUGAUUAUGAGAAGUUUUUGCCUUGAUUUUGAUUUGCUGUUGACACAGUUUAUAAAUCUUACUGCAUAAUUUGCAACAGAUUCAAAAGGCAGAUAAAAUGCUUCACUUCAUUCCAUCCCAAUAUCCAAUCAACAUUUUAACAUUUUAUGAGCACAUUUGACUCAAAAUUACACUGUUCAUUGAAAUCUCCAAUUCAUUCUUAUGUAACAUUCUGUACCAAAGGGGGCGGAGCUAAGCAAAGGGUCAGUUGUAAUUAGAACCCCAUGAAGCUCCAAUCCCAACCUUCUCUUUUCAUCUUUAAUUUUUUGUAUAUAUUUUAAUAAAACCUGAAUCUGAAGUUU